UCUUCAGGACUAGUUAGUUUGGCGUCCUGUGCUAGUUUCACCUGUCAAAAAAGCUUUGUUUAAAGCGACUGGAGCGAAUCCAGUCUGCAAUGAAUCCUUCCAGCCGGAGAGAGAGUGACUGGCAGGGUCUGGUGAGUGAGUUCCUGUUGUGUAAGCGUAAGCUGGAGAGUAAGAAGGAAGCUCUGCUGAUCCUGUCCAAAGAGCUGGAUUGCUGCCAACAGGAGCGGGACCAGUACAAGCUGAUGGCCAACCAGCUACGGGAGACUUACCAGCGCCUCAAGAAGAAAUACCAUCAGCUCAUAGAUGGUGACUCUUCUCUGUCUCCAGAGAAACGCAAUCAGGUGAGUUUGGCUCAGUUGUUAAUUGAGGCUCGUGAGCGCAGUCGCCUACAGGGGGAGGAGCUACAGGACCUGAGGCAAAGACUGGCAGAGGCACAGGGAGACAACAAGUUGCUGAGGCUGACCAUCACUAGGCAGCGGCUGGGUGAUGAGGAAGAGUGGCUAAGGCAUUUCCCCGCCCACGAGCGGCAGGAGCUUGUCCGUCAGCUAGAGGAGGCGGGGUUACAGAGGGAGAAGCUGGAGAGCAGUGUGAAAUGUGUAUCUGAUGAGCUGGUGGAUGUGUGUGCUGAGAGGGAAGCGUUUCGAGAGAAGGCCAAGCGUCUAAACCUGGAGCUCAACCGCAUCCUGAGCGGCCAGGACACACACAUCAUCGACGUGGACGCCCUCUGCACAGAGAACAGGUAUCUUCAGGAGCGGCUCAGGCAGGUGCAGGAAGAAGUGGCCCUUCUAAAAGCCACCAUCAUGAAAUACAAGAAUGCUCUGGAGCGGAUGCAAAACCCUGGGAAGUCUGGGAAGGCCGGCAGCGGUUUGACUGGUGUCCUCUCGACAAGACAAGUACAGGAGCUGCUCUGUGAGGAAGGUAGUUGUGGUCUGCCGGCAACUCCUCAGUCAAUCAGAGAUCUGAAGAGUGUAGCAUCUGCACUGCUGGAGAACAUCCAGGAGAAGACCCUGAUCAUCCAGCAUCACAGACACACCAACAAGAUUCUGGGAAACCGUUUAACAGAGCUGGAGAAGAAGCUCAAGACUCUGGAGGUCUCUGGAUUCUGGAGUCUCCCAGGAAGAGAUGCCAUCAUCUUGAGUGACAGCCUUCGCCCCACCACUCCCCUUCAACCUAAGCCCUGCUUCUCCUCAAGAGACCAGCCAAUCACAGAGGAGAGAAAAGGAAGUGAAGGAGGGUCACCAUGGAGACCUGGGUCGGCUGAUGAUGCUUGCUCCACUCCGGGUCAGGGGGAGGAGCCAGAACUCGGGCAGGAGCACAGAGCAGCUCCAAUGAGCAACAUGCAGAAGGGAGGAGCUUGCCUAAAGACACGCCCACCCGAGGAAGUCAUCACAGACAGAUGUCAGCCAUUAGAGGAGGGGCCUAGCACAGGCCUGGGGGAGGGGUCUUUUCUAGAAACUCCGGAAUGUCAAGAAGAGGUGGUCACAGAGAUACACAUAGGAGGGGCUCAACAUUUGGACACACACACAGGAGGAGGAGCUAAUAAUUUGGAUACACUCACUAGAGGAGGGGCUCAUAAUCUGGACACGCCCACUGGAGGAGGAGCUCAUCAUUUGGGCACCCCCACGGAAGGAGGGGUCAAGGAUAUGGACACUUGCUGAGGGGGUUGUAGUGAGGGAAUGUUGCUGCAUUCUCACUGUUCACACACAUACAUUUAACCUCAUUAAUACACACACACACUUUCUCACUCUCUCUCUCACACAUACAUACACACACACACACACUUUCUCACUCUCUCUCUCACACACACACACACACUCAC